AUGUACCUGGUCACGGUGUUGGGGAACCUGCUCAUCAUCCUGGCCAUUGGUUCUGACCAGCACCUCCACACCCCCAUGUACUUCUUCCUGGCCAGCCUGUCCUUCACCGAGAUCUGCUUCACCUCCACCAUAGUCCCCAAGGUGCUGGUGAACAUGCACACACAGCGUCACACCAUCUCCUACACCGGGUGCCUCAUGCAGAUGUACUUCUUCAUGGCAUUGACUCUGCUGGAUGACUUCCUGCUGGCUGUGAUGGCAUAUGAUCGCUACAUGGCCAUCUGCCUUCCUCUGCACUACACCAUGGUCAUGAAACCCCGACGCUGCCUGAUGCUGGUGGCAGCAUCCUGGCUCUGCUCCCACUGCCUGACUUUCUCUCUCACCCUCCUGAUGACUCAAUUUUCAUUCUGUGCCUCCCAUUCCAUCCCACAUUUUUUUUGUGAUGUACCCCCACUCCUCAAACUUGCCUGUUCAGACACCCAUAUCUUUCAGGUCACAAUGUUAACUGAAGCAGUUCUCUCAGGCAUGAUCCCUCUCACUUGUGUCCUGGUCUCUUAUGCCCACAUCAUGCACACCAUCUUCAGGAUCCCUUCUCCUGGAGGCAAGCACAAAGUCUUCUCUACCUGUGGCUCUCACCUGUCAGUGGUCACUCUCUUCUAUGGGACCCUCUUUCUAGUGUAUUUCCAGCCCUUAUCCUCCUACUCAGCAGAUACUGGAAAGGUGGCAUCUGUAGUAUACACGAUGGUCACUCCCAUGCUGAACCCUUUUAUCUACAGCCUGAGGAACAGGGACAUGCAGGGGGCUUUGUGGAGACUCCUUGGCUUCAGAAAAUAUUCUACUCAGUAA